GAACAAAGCGCCCUCUGCAGAAAAAUAGAAGAGACAAAAAAAGAAACGCCGCCAUUUUGACAUUUGUUUGGCUUUUGUUCUUAAUAAAUAUAAAUUAUCAUGUAAUUACGCGUGCAACAGCGAUUAUGUUUACAUUUUCGCUUCACUACAGUUUCGCUUAUUAGCCAAUUACUGAAAUAUGGUGCAUCAGCAAUGUUCGUUUCGGUUCGGCAGCGCAUAAAUCGAUAAAUUCGCCCGUGCCGCAUUUUUAUUUUCUCGAUGCUUAUUUCGUGUAUAAUUUGAUAUUUUUAGACGAUUAAGUGCUUAAAUAGGUGAAAUAAUGUACUGAACUGUGUGGUUAACUAACUAUAUUUAAGAAUAAACUAUGAAAUAUCAUUAAAUGUGUGAUGUCAAAAAGGCGCGAACGCUUUUUACCGCUGUAGAUUUUGGGACGAAAAUAAAACUGAGUGUUUGUGCGAAACAAAGACAUUAGAGCUUCGCGUUAUGUUUAUAAAACCCUGCAAGUGUUAUAACUGAAUUUCGGACAAUUUUUCUGGAGGUACAUGGCGUGGAAACUAUCUAUCUGCACAUAAGUUCAUGUUAAGUUCCCCUCUGCACUUGCAAUGCGGUUAAGAAGUAGGAAGAGGGAGCCCCUCUCGGUCAAGAGGAACACAUCCAAGGUCACAAAAUUGAAGCCAAAACCGUUAAACAGCCGCUUGUCACCUCCCAACACCACCUGGAAGAAGGUUCUCAAGCGGGACACCGCCAAAAAUGGUUUACCUGUCUGCACUCGGUCACAGCUAAAAACUAGGCCCGUUAGAACCAAGUUAGUUAGCAUGGAGAAGGAGCACAAAAAAGAGUUGAAAAGCACAAAGAAACCGAUCUUCCAAACAGUUGUACGUAGCACCAAUAAGGAUCUUGUGACUUCCACUACAAAGUUAAGGGACAAGACGCAGAAUGAUAAAGUUACAACGACUUCCAAGCCAAAACUUAAAGAUGUACGAACCACGAAGAGUGUUCAACUCCGACACAGCUCACUCAAUCGUGAGAAGAAGUCUGAAUCCGUUGAGAUAUCAUCGCCUCGAAAGACCAGGCGUAUGGAUAAGAACGAGAAGUCUGCUUCGCUGAACAGCUCACCGAUCCGCAAAGUCCGUCAGCUCGGUAUACCUUCAGCGAAGAGCAAGAUCGCUGUAAGCUCAACCAAUGAAAGCCCUAAGAAGAAAACUAAGACCAAAGCAGCUAUAGUUCCGGAGCAAAAUAAUUGGAACACCGAAGACAAUGAUGUAACCAUGUACGAGCCGCAUACAACUACAUUUGUGGACUUCCCAACUCCGAAGCAUGAGGAAUCAGACUCUGAGACUCAGGUGGAGUCAUCGCUAUGUCUUCCGAAUGACUGUUUGAAUGAUUUCAUGGCUAUUGCGGAGUGCGCCAGGCUGAUCAACCAGGACUUACCGGCUGAAGAUGAGGAUAUUAACUACUUAGCUGAUAGGGCCGCUAAGGUGAUGACCACAGAGAAAGCGCGUCGCAAAUCCAGCAACGAAUUGGAAAUGUACCAACCCACGUCUACCACUGACGAUGCAGAUACUGAUGUGUUCAAACACAAGCAUAAAUACGUGCAGCCGGACUUUGCCACAAUGCUAGAGCAGGACGGCUACGUGCGAGACAGCGAGUGUGAGAUAUCGUCGACCUGCGACACCCAAGGCACGGCUAUAGAAAGCUUGGAAGCGCUUUCAGCGAGGAGUCCCAGCGAGGGCUUUCUACAUGAAAUAACGCAGAGCCUUGUGGCUGAAGCCGCGGGAUGGAGUACUUCCGAUAUUACCGCUGACGAAUCAUCGUUGACUUGUCAUGACGAACAACCGCCUUCUGAUCUUGAGGAGGAAGCAGCAGACGUGAUAUCGUCGUGCAGCAAUCGAGUCGACUGCGAGCAGAUCUCAUCUUGGGUCGACGCUUUUGACCCCUAUCUCUUCAUCAAGCAGCUGCCCCCGCUAGAGAGCGUGGCGACGGGUGCGCUGCGCGCGCGCUACCCCGCGCUGCCGCUCAAGACAAGGACGAGCCCCGACUUCAGUCUGGUGUUGGACUUGGACGAGACGUUGGUGCACUGCUCUCUUCAGGAGCUUCCAGAUGCGAGCUUCCACUUUCCAGUGCUGUUCCAGGACUGCCGAUACACGGUGUUCGUCCGCACCCGGCCGCACUUCGCAGAGUUCCUGGCUCGCGUGUCGCGCACAUACGAAGUGAUCCUGUUCACGGCCAGCAAGCGAGUGUACGCCGACCGGCUGCUCAACUUGCUGGACCCGGAGCGACGCUGGAUCAAAUACAGGUUAUUCCGAGAGCACUGCCUAUUGGUGAACGGGAACUAUGUGAAGGACCUCUCGAUCCUGGGCCGUGAUUUGCGUAAAACAGUUAUAGUGGACAAUAGCCCACAGGCGUUUGGUUACCAGCUAGAGAAUGGUAUACCCAUUGACAGCUGGUUCGUGGACCGCAGCGACAAUGAACUGCUGAAAUUGCUUCCUUUCCUUGAGGACCUGGCCACGAAAGAAGACGUCCGCCCACACAUAAGGGAUAAAUACCGCCUCUUCAGCUACCUUCCCCCCGGAUAAACCACAGUAAAUAUUACUAACUAACUAAUAUUAUUCACACUUUCUCCGUAAAUAUAAGGAUCUUCUCAAAACUCCCCAUAAAAAUAAAGGUGAAUCAUUUCGCCGACUAGAGCUAGUACCUUGGUAGCUCAGUUGGACACCACCACUCAAGAAUCUUAAGAAAUAAUUUUCCUUUUUUAAGGUGAAUAGAAGUCAUAUAGUCUGUAUCUUUAGGUAUUUAAAUAAAAGCAAACAAUUUAAAAAAAAAUCGGGUAGUUAUUAUAACAUUUAUUGGUUAACCAACCAGAUAAAAAAUCGCCUGGAUCAGUCACUGAACGACCCGACUUUAACCUACAUUAUUUGAUCGUGUAAUGUUUUCAUCUACCCUCAACUGGCUUAAGGAGCCAUUUGAGGGUAGAUUUUGUUUACUUUUAUUUAAUUACCUAUAGAUACACAGUAUAAUUUCGAAAUUCUAUUAUGUAUUUAUUGUUUAUUAAAACAAUAGUAAAAGAUAGUUAAAAUAUGAAGUGUCUGAAUACGGUUUUAAGUACUUUAAUGUAAAAGUAUCGAAUAUUUGACGGAUAUUUGGAAAUGUUAAGAAAUGUCAUUGUCAAUUAAUCAUGGAAUAGAAAGAGAUGAAUGUCAGAGCGAGAAAAUAAAAACAAAACAUAGGGUAUUUCGCCAGUAACUAGCCACCUUAAACUAAAAAUAAAUUCUAUUCACAUAUAAACAGAGUCCAUUUUAGCACAAGGUUUCAAUAACUGGCCAGCUUUCAAUUACUGGCCACAUUAUACUAAAAUGUAUUUUAUUUAUAGGUGAAUAGAGUUCAUUUUUGGUUUGGGGUGUCCAGUUACUGACGAAUUACCCUAUAUGAACGUAUUUUAUUUUCUUAAGUAAUUAUAUUUGAACAAAAUAAUUAUGAAGGAUGAAAUUAUUUCGACAUAAAUGCAAAUAUUCGAUGAUUUUAUAUUCUUAAUUAUUAUUAUUAAAAUAAGAACUAACAUUAGAAUCUGAAUACAGUUUUAAAUAUAUAAUUAUGAAUUAAGUUUAAAAUAUGUUGAUUCGAACUGAAUUUCAAUUGAGUAUUAUGGAUUAAAAUUUAUUAUAUUAAGUUAUUAUUUAAGUGAAAUAUGAAAUUUAUAUUUUUUGAAUUCGGCAUCUGUGAUUUUUUUAGUUGUUUUUUAAUUAAAUCGGAAAUA